AUGCCGCGGUGCGCGGGGCUCCUGCUGGUUUCCUUCCUCUUCUGCGCCGCCCUCUCGGAGACGGUCGGACUGGUGUUGUCCGCUAAAGAGAAAAGGGGCUGGACUAUGAAUAGUGCUGGUUAUCUGCUUGGCCCACGUCGUAUUGAACAGCUGCUCAAGGAAAUGCCCAGUGCAAGGGGGAGAGAAGCGCUGCCUGGGGAAUAUGCAAUCAACAGAGUUUUUAAUGACAAGCAUGGUCUAGCUGGCAAACGUGAUAUACAGCCUGAAGAAAAUAUAAAAGCAGGUACUUUUGGAAGACCACAGACAGAUGACAAUGUUGUGCGUACAGUAAUUGAAUUUUUGACCUACUUACAUCUUAAAGAAACUGGUGGUCUUGACACUAUAUCUACAACAGUUUCUUCAGAAGAAAUAAAUCAGUCCUGAAAGAUAAUGUAUUUAUACUUGGUUAUAAAUUAAGAUAUCUAAUUGGAAUUUUGAACAAAAUAAAAUGUUGUCGAUUGUUUACAUUGAUCUUCUACACAGUUACCCAUGAUAAACCUCUUUUUGUCUUUUCUUUCUGCUGUGAUGUCAUAUUGUAAAACAUUUCCUAGAGAAAUAUUUGACUUUGGAUAAAUGACAAAAUAAA